AGACGGGUCUGAAAUGGCCUGCUGACAGGCUGGGCCUCUGUCCUGACGGUUGUGCAGCCGUGAGGUAGGAACAGAGGUGGGAGGUGAUCUGAUCCAGGUUUUACUAGGCUUCCUCUGGAUGCCAGGUAGAGAGCAGCCUGUGUGAUGAGGGUGCAGGGAGCUCUGGUAGCCACGAGAAGACCAAGAGGAGGCUGCUUCAGCACUCCAGGCGAGUGGUGGUAAUGGACCGGCCACAGGGGAGCUGUGCAAUGGGAGAUUUUUUGAAGUGAGAGAGAAAGAGAGAACCCUGAGGCUUUGGGUCUUAUCACCCAAAAGGGUGGAAGCACCAUCAGCCGAGAUGGGCAAGUUGGUGAUAGACAUAACUCAGAUUGGGUUUGGGGAUUUUAUCUGUGGCCAUGGGAAGAAUCUGAGAUGUUCCAGAGAACAGUGAGUGGAGGUGUCAGGUGAGCUGCUGGAGACAGACCUGACUUCUGUGGAGGGUUUGAGGAUGGAGACAUCUAGACUGCAGGAGGAGUAGCUGGCAGGAGGCGGGGGAGGGGAGUGCAGCCCCCAGACCAGGCCCAGAGCUUCGAUGGCGCCUCUGACACCUGCCUGUUGCUGCUGCGGGGGGACCCAGUAAUCACAGGGACUUUAGGGACUUUAGCAGACAGACACUUUGGCACCCAGUCCCUGUUAUUUCCUCUAAGUUGAGGAACUAGGUAGGAAGGAAUGUAGGAGGAGGAUCUGUGGGGGCCUAGCUGCAUGUCCUCGGGAAGGAGGCUGUUCGUGGACUUGGCUCUUCCCGUGUGGCAGGGGCACGUGACCUUCGAGGACGUGGCCGUGUACUUCUCCCAGGAGGAGUGGGGGCUCCUUGAGGAGGCUCAGAGGCUCCUGUACCGCGAUGUGAUGCUGGAGACCUUGACACUUAUGGCCUCACUGGGAUAUGAAUCUUCCACAUCCCGCACGGAUGCCUCCCUGGAGCUGGGCAUCAAGCCCUGGGAAUCUGACUGGGCAGACCUCACUCCAGCCAGGACCAGAGAGGCUCAGGGUUGUUGGCAUGGAGCAGAAGGCGAGGAGACCGCUUUUGAGCAGAACAUUUCUGUGGGCGUGUCACAGGUCAGGCCUCCCAAGGCAGGCCCUUCUACCCAGAAGGCCCACCCCUGUGAGACUUGUGGCCCGCUCUUGAAAGACAUUUUGCACUUGGCUGGGCCCCAGAGGACACGCCCUGGGCAGAAAUCCUACACGUGUGGGGCGUGUGGGAAACAGUUCUGGUUCAGUGCCAACCUUCAGCCCCAGAGGCAGCACAGCAGAGGGGAACCCUUCAGAGGGGACGAGGGCGGCACCUUGCUUGUGAACAGCUGUCCUGUCGAAGCAUCGGAGAUGCCUUUUAUGACAGGGAGGGGUUACAAGGACUUCCCAACGAGCUCAAGCAUUUUUCAGCACCACGCCCCUCAUAGUAAUUGGAAGCCAAACAGUAACGCCAAAUGUGUGGAUGCCUUUCACAGUGGACAAAGGCAUCACGAGUGCAGUGAAUGUGGGAAGGUCUUCAGCCGCAAAGACUCACUUGUGCAGCACCAGAGAGUCCACACUGGUGAGAGGCCUUACGAGUGCAGUGAAUGUGGGAAAACCUUCAGCCGCAAACCAAUUCUUGCUCAGCACCAGAGAAUCCACACUGGAGAAAUGCCAUAUGAGUGUGGCAUAUGUGGGAAAGUUUUCAAUCAUAGUUCCAACCUUAUUGUACACCAGAGAGUCCACACUGGAGCAAGGCCUUACAAGUGCAGCGAGUGUGGGAAAGCCUACAGCCACAAGUCCACACUUGUUCAGCAUGAGAGCAUUCACACUGGAGAAAGGCCUUACGAGUGCAGCGAGUGUGGGAAAUACUUUGGUCACAAAUAUAGACUCAUUAAACACUGGAGCGUCCAUACUGGGGCAAGGCCCUAUGAGUGCAUUGAAUGUGGGAAGUUCUUCAGCCAGAGCUCUGACCUUAUUGCACACCAGAGAGUUCACAAUGGUGAAAAGCCCUAUGUGUGCAGCGACUGUGGAAAAGCCUUUAGCCACAAACAUGUACUUAUUCAGCACCAUAGAAUUCACACUGGAGAAAGGCCAUAUAAGUGCAGUGAGUGCGGGAAGGCCUUCAGGCAAAGAGCUUCCCUCAUCCGACAUUGGAAAGUUCACACUGGAGAAAGGCCUUAGGAUAGCAGGGAGUAUGCCAUUUCCUUGUGCAACAUAGCAACUGGCACUGAAGGGGAGCUCGGAGAGUAGCCUUCUGUGAGUAGUCCUCAGCUGGAAGUCGAACCUCAUAUGUUUCAGCGUUCACCCUGGGGAAGUUCUGAGUAGGAAGCUGGAGCAAUGUACUUUGUAACCUGCCCAGGACUCUGUCACCACCAGUGUCUCUGAAGGAAAACCAGCCAUGUAUGGAAGGGCAGAGCCCCACAUUGUGCAAAAGUCACCCCAACAUGCUCUACUAGGCAGAUCUCUGCUGCUCCUCCCUUUCCUAGAGGAAUCCUCAGUAGCUAGAGUCCAUUAGAAGUCCUCACUUCCUGCCUUUGCCUCCGCCAGCUGGUUUAAGCAAGCGCAUGACCCAGUUUUGGUCAGAAGCUUACCAGCUUUGUUCUACUGGCUGAUUGCAGAGAGGGUUUCCAUUUUUCAUCGAUGUUGUUAGUCCCAUUUUGCACUUGCGAUGGAUUUGUCCAGCCUCCAAGUCACCUACUUAGGGAAUUGCCUGUCUCACACUGUUCUGGUUUUCCAACCAACACCUUAGUUUUUCAACUACCUUCAAUCUUGGGGAUUCUGUUCACUUCGUGGGUUGUAUUGAGAACAGAAUUGGGCUCUGCCAGCCUGAAGGGAGGAACCGCUUUUGUGAGAACUCCAAAUGUGGGGACUUGGUGGUGGUAGCCAAAUGCCAAAGAACAACUCUUAUUUUAGUUUUAGCCUAACUUGCAUCACUGCUCAAGGCCUCCUGUGAAAGAAUACUCAUCUUGUGGGCCUAAUCUUUUGACCUGUGUGCCAAGAUUAUUUGUGUGAUCAAGGUCAGUCUGAGGAGCGGGCCGUCAUGUCAGUCUCUGGUGUCUCUGGGAGCCGUUUGAAUUGGUUCCCUUGUUCCAGAGGGAUGUUUCAUGUUCCCAUAUUUUCUUGAGAACUUGGCCCCUUAGGACCUUCGAAUCCCCCUGAGGUCUAUUAUUAAUAGGAAGAUGUCCCUGUCCCCUAAAAAGACUAGGUAGGAAUCCUAAUUGGUACAGGGACACUGAUUAAUAGGGAAUUGGAAGCAAACUCUAGGGAAUCUGACUCUUCCAGGGGUAUAUCCACCUGUUUCCGUCACUAUGGCUUUGGCAUAAGGGUUUAUGGAAAUUCUUGGGAUUCCCAUAUGUGUGUCUCAUGGCUAGUCACUGUCAGAACAAUCAACUUACACUUUCUGCAAUAAACUACGUAUUUAUAGUAUGCAAUUUGAGUAGUUUCAUAACAUGUUUGUGCCUGUGAAGCAAAGUUUUCUGAUUGGCCUUCCAAUCCCUCUCCUCCUUACCCAUUCCCAGGCAAACCCCAUCUUGCUUUGUGUCCCUGCAGAUUUCAUUUCCUAGAAGUUCACGUAUAUGGAAGAAUAAAUGUCUAUAGAUAGUACUUCAA